AUGUCCACUAAAUUAGGGUCCGUGAGGUGGUUCAAUGGUGCCAAGGGACACGGAUUCAUCGCUCCUCACGACGGCGGAGAAGAUGUUUUCGUUCACUUUAAGUCUAUCAUAGGGGAUGGAUACAAGUCACUCCUUGAAGGCGACCUCGUCGAGUUCGAGGUUGAAACCGACACCAAAGAGAACGAGUAUGCUGAAGAGCCAGGAAUCAAUAAUCCGGCCGCAUAUAUGGACUUGAGAAUCUCAGUUAUUCGCCACGCGUCUUGA